GUCACACCGUUAUUCAAAUGUCUUACACUCGUCUCCCUGUAGCUGACAUUCAGUGCAUUUAAGUUUCCUACACGCUGAUGUAGUCCUUACUAUUAACAAAAAGUUAUUGAGUUUGUGAAGGCAUUCAGGACUGACUUCAGAAAAGAGAGAAUGGACGGUAUUAAGGCAGUAACUCAGAUGAAUGGAGAAUCAAAACAAGAGAAAUGCGAUGAUGCCCAGUCAACGUCCAGUUCACAGAUUGUUUAUGGAGGAUGUCGAAGGAAACUGCGAAGCCUGUUACCAGUAAAUUAUAAAGAAGAAGUUGUACAUUUGGUAAAACUGGCUGGACCAGUGUUUAUAUCUCAGCUGAUGAUCUUUCUGAUCAGUUUCGUCAGCACUGUGUUCUGUGGACACUUGGGCAAAACUGAACUGGCUGGUGUUGCUCUGGCUAUUGCUGUUAUUAAUGUGACCGGGAUCUCUAUUGGCUCUGGUUUGGCGUCUGCAUGUGAUACACUCAUAUCACAGACGUUUGGCAGUAAUAAUCUGAAGCGGGUGGGUGUGAUACUGCAGAGAGGGAUUCUCAUCCUCCUAUUGGCCUGUUUUCCCUGUUGGGCGCUGCUCAUCAACACAGAACCCAUCCUCCUGGCUGUAAAACAGAGCCCCAGGGUGGCCAGUCUGUCACAACUCUAUGUUAAAAUAUUUAUGCCUGCACUGCCUGCUGCUUUUAUGUACCAGCUUCAGGGCAAAUAUCUUCAAAAUCAGGGUAUUAUUUGGCCUCAGGUCAUCACAGGAGCAGCUGGAAAUGUCCUCAAUGCUUUAAUAAACUACAUCUUCCUUCAUCUGCUUGAUCUUGGCGUAGCAGGAUCUGCUGCAGCGAACACAAUUUCUCAGUAUUCAUUAGCUGUGUUUCUCUAUGUCUACAUUCGCUGGAAGGGCCUGCAUAAAGCCACAUGGGACGGUUGGUCCGUUGACUGUCUGCAGGAAUGGGGGGCGUUCAUUCGCUUGGCUCUUCCCAGCAUGCUCAUGCUGUGUGUGGAAUGGUGGACAUAUGAGAUUGGUGGAUUCCUGGCAGGGUUGAUCAGUGAGGCAGAGCUGGGGGCUCAGUCUGUCGUCUAUCAGCUUGCUAAUAUUGCAUAUAUGUUUCCUCUGGGGUUUGCUGUGGCAGCCAGCGUGAGGGUGGGAAAUGCACUCGGAGCUGGAAACACAGAACAAGCCAAACUUUCUGCCAAAGUCUCUUUAGUCGGUGGACUACUUGUUUCCUGUUUAGUUGCAAUCUCUAUUGGAUGCACAAAAGACAUUAUUGGAUACAUCUUCACCAAAGAAGAAGAAAUUGUGCUCAGAGUUUCACAGGUCAUGAUUAUGUAUGGCGUCUUUCAUCUGUUUGAUGCAAUUGCGGGCAUUACAGGUGGAAUAGUCCGAGGUGCUGGAAAGCAACUGAUCGGUGCACUUUGUAACAUUGUUGGAUAUUAUUUUGUGGGAUUUCCAAUAGGAGUGUCCCUAAUGUUUGCUGUGGGCAUGGGUAUCAUUGGUUUGUGGGUUGGGAUGUUUGUAUGCGUCUUCUUACAGUCUAUAUUCUUCAUCACCCUCAUUUGCAAACUUGACUGGAAGAAAGCAACUGAAGAGGCCUUGGUCAGAGCAGGUGUGCAAAAACUGGAAACUAAAGAUGAAUCUUAUGCGAUGGAAAACAAUGGCUGCACAGAAGACGUUUCACAAGGUGCACAAAACAUGGAAGAAGGCCAAAGUGACACAAACACAGACCUGGAAGGAGGAGGUGAAAUAGCCGAGGCUGGUGUCAUUGUCACAGUUGGAGAGGUCUUGACCACCAGGCAGCUGGUGGUCCGUCGAGGACUUGCUGUUAUCCUUAUGUUGGCUAUACUAGCUGGAGGGAUUGUGUUGAAUGAGAUGCUCACCGGCUUUCUCAAGUCAACAUAAUCAGUA